CAAGUCGACAAAAAUUCAUCGCUGCAAGCAAUUGUCUUGAAGCUCCGCCGACAUCCCCCCCCCCCCCCCGACCCCACCAAUCUCCGACGCUGGUCUCAGCUUCAAGCCUGUCUACAUAUAGCAGUGCAAGACGAAUUCGUAGUCAUCUUGCUCCAGCUUCGAUAACAGAGAGAGAGAGAGAGAGAGAGAGAGAGAGAGAGAGAGUGGGGGAAUGGCUUUCUUAUCAUCUUCCUCUGUUCUUGCCCAUCCUUUCUGAUUUCACAAUUUGCUGCUUUUUCCUUCUGUUUCUGUCCCUUCUCCGAUGUCUUCUUACAGUGAUAUCCAUGUACUCGACGGUUCCUUCUUCCCCGAUCCACUCUCCACUUUCACCGAUUUCUCCAUUGAUAUCCUCCAAGCAGACCCAGUUGAUGAUGAAGCCAACUCUUUCAAUGCCCAUUUGAACCAGCUUGCGGAAUUGCCUUCUCUAGAGGUGAACCCACAGAGCACCCAACUCUCGCUUCCCUCUCCCUGUUUUCCUGGCCAGCCUUGCUUUGGCGCUUUCACGGAGUCCCCGGAAAAUGGCUUUUCCGCCGGUCAGAUCAGACGGGUCUUCAGCACCGGAGAUUCACAAAUGGAAGCUUUACAAACAAGCCAGAGACUGUGUUACAGUGCCACGGCUGGAGGAGAGAGCCCACUCAUGGAGGAAGCAAACUUCAAAGUGGGGCGCUACAGUGCCGAGGAGAGGAAAGAGAGGAUUCACAGAUACCGAGCAAAGCGAACGCAGAGAAACUUCAACAAGACGAUUAAGUAUGCAUGCAGGAAGACACUGGCCGAGACUCGGCCUAGAAUCCGCGGCAGAUUUGCGCGCAACGAUGAAGCUGGAGACAUUCCCAAAUCUGCAGGGUUCCAUGCAUCUGCAGAGGAAGAUGAUCUUUGGAUUGAGGGGUUUAAUGGAGAAGACGAGGGACCAGUGGGAGAAGGGCCAUUCUUGAACACUAUGAGUUCAACCCAGCUUCACUACUUUGGAUAUGGAUGAUUGCAACCAUUUUUGAUGACCUUUUGUAGUUCUUUUUCUUUUCUAUCAUUUGUUUUCAAUAAAAUCUCCAUUGUUGAAUUCAAUAAGAGAGCCUUUUUUUUUGUGUUCUUUUCUCCCAUUGACUGUCAUUUUUUGGGUAUGGUAAACCUAAUCCUUUACAA